CGAAUAUCCGCCAUGUUGAACAGUUUUUUUCUUCUAAACAAUAAACGCUUCAUGUUUUCCGUAAAGUUGAUCCGAUAUUUAUAACAAAACAUUGUUGUUAAAAAGAUUACUAUGUAAUCUUAAAUUCGUUAAAGAUUAAGUUCUGCAUCUGCAAGCUUUGGGCUCAACCAUGGCUAACUUGAAUAAGCUUCCUGAUUUAUCAACAGUGGAUAUACAAGCAAUUCAAGAUUCUGGGCCAGUGCAUCCACGUAUUUCAUUGCCUCCACUGACUACCAUAGCUGAAAAUUGGGACUCUGUUGAACCAUCAUCAAGGAAUCUCAUAGUGAAUGACGAAAGCUGUAGCGAAGAUGAUGAUGAGAGUGAAGAAGAAGGACAAAGCCAUAGCAGUACACCUGGUAAAGUUCAAGACAGAAACUCUCAUCGUACAAGCUGCAGUAGCAGUAGUAGUGCUCCUGAUUCAGGAACAGAUAGCUCAGAAACUGAGCUUUCGAAUGCAACAUCAGAUUCUGCUGGGUCUUCGUCAAGUAGUACUGACAGUGACAGUGACUCGCAAAGUAGUGCUUCAAGUGCCAGUAGCAAGAGCAAGAACAAGAUUCAACAAGCUUCUGGAAACAACAGAAGCAAAGCAAGCUUUUCAGUGCGAGAAGCAAACUUUGAUAAAGGCAGAGUAACUUUGAGGCUUUCUACAUUACAACUAGGAAGAAAAGAGGAGAUAACUGAUAUCCCAUUAGGCAAGACUGGAAAAAUAUCUAAACAUGAAAAUACAAGGACUACCAAUGUAUCUUGUGCCAAGUCACGUGAUUCAGAAAGUCUAUGUUCGAACUCAAACAAUCAACUUUGUAGUAUAAUUAAUACUACAAAAUCCAGGCCUAAUCAAAAUCCUACAAUACCUGCCAAGCGCACUAGGCAGCUAAGACUAAAACCCAGUCCGGAGCCUUUAAAAUCUGAAUCUUCGAAACUCUGUCGCAGUGGCUCGUCAAAGUCCAUCGCCUAUUCUACAACUUUGACGAAGACACAAGAUAAAACAAGAGGGAAAGUUCUUGAAGCUUCUGUUUGUAAGAAACAGGAAUGCUUACCUACAGCAGUUGAUUAUUAUGGAACCAGCAUCACUGCUGUAAAAAAGGACCAUAACCAACCAAUAACGCCAUUGGUUCGACCUCCACUCAUCCUUUCUUCAUCCCAACCGACUGCUGUUAGCCUAGGUCCAUCUAUGAGUGAUCUGGAUUCUGAUAGUGACGAACUUUAUUUGCCUGCCGUCAGUGAGGCCAUUCGUAUGCUUGACCUCGACAGUCAAAGAUCGCCUGCCAGUCAGAAUACAACUGGACCAUCUCACAGUGCAUCAACAUCUGGCCAUCCCUCAUUGCCAAUCAAUCUCGCUUCUAAUGUAAGUGGAAGUGCCUGGCCCUCUGUAGGAUAUUGUUCGAGUCUUCUGCAACAAUUCGUGGCAAAAUCACAAUCCGGAGAGCCACCGCCACCUCCUCCAACUUUAAUGCUACCGACAAAAGGAGCGCGGAAGUGUUUCCCCCCCAAUGAUGAACCUUUGCCUUUGCCAACGUUCACUAGUACGUUGGAUCCCAAAAGUAUUAAGCGUGCGACUGAUACGACAAAGCCAUCUUGCUUCACAGCCAUUACCUCCGCCUCUCUUCAUUCUUCAGUAAGUGUUGGUCACGCAGAUCAAGAGCUGGACAUGAUGGUACCGAUGCGAGGCCUCGAUUGUCAUCCUUCGCACGUUUCACCUGACUCAGGCAUCCAAUCCGUGUCUGGGUCACCAUUCAGCGUUCAUAGUUCGCCGGUUCAUCCUUCUGGAGCAGGGAAUAAUCAAACUAAUGGUCAGUCACAACCUCUUGUCGCAUCUCCCUGCCCUCAAAUCACCUCACCAAGCCCACCUCUCCGUCAAAAACAAACGAGUAAAAAGUCUAAUGGCAAUCAAAAGAAUUCGGCUGCUAGAAGUAAAGACGUCUCUCCUCAAGCAACAACAAAAGUUAAAAACAGUAGUGGUCGGCAAAACGGGAGUAGAGGUAGACGUCCCCGUUCGUGUCGUGAUACUGCCAGUGCCCUGUCUUCCGGAUUAGGAAAAGAUAGUAGCAUAGUUCAGGCUAUUCAGCGCGGAAUGAACGCCGCGCUUAGGCUAAAAAGUAAAGAUGCGACAGAAAAAGAAAUAACUUGUCCAACUGAGGUGGUUGCCACCAACGUCCUUCCUUUAAUGCCUUCUAAAAGUUCACGAAAGAAAAAGUCUGGCAGAAAUCAACAAAAAAUUGCUAAUGCUCAAGCAUUAGAAUCUAUUAAAACAGCUGAUUCAUCGACUUUUGGUAUUGAAGUAACAUCACAACUUCAUUCAUUGACGGCUAAAGGCAGUGAAGUUGAAACAAGCCCAGCAAUGUCACAUCCACAACAACCUAAACUGAAAUGUGAGUUAAAAGCUACAGCUACCCGUUCUCCAUCGCCGCAAAUAAAAAAUAAGAAGAGGAAGAAGAAGCGGAAGAAACAAAAGAGCAGUGUUCAUGAUCAAGUCUUUUUAGCUCCGGUGGAUCCGAAUUUACAGAGCAAUUUGGAACAGUUGUGUAGACGAUUGGAUCGUUGCGUCAUCUCACGAUCGGUUGCUCAAAAUGGUUCUGUGAGUAGUGACGUGAGGCCGUGGAUCUUCCAAUGUCGGAAAUAUAUCGUCGUGAACGGUAACAUCAGUGGCAGCGGCCGAACGAAACGCAAGAAGGUUGUUGAAGACAUAGCCAUCCAGUCAAACGUCCAAACUAUUGUAACAAAGCGCAAGGGCAAAGCUAAGAAGACUGGGUUGCAAUCACCUCCUGUCGCAGCGAUUUCAAAUACUGAAACCAGUAAAGAGGACGAACCUUCUACUGCUACUUCCGCUGCGUCUGUUGUUCUUUCAACAGUAGAAUUACUGUUACCUUUGAAAAAACGUCAUCACCACCACCUGGCUACUUCCGCCGAAACUCCAGUAGUAGAGCCUGUUCCCGCCAAUUUACAUCAAAGCGAAGCUGCCAUCGGAAAACCUAGUCACGAGCAAGUUCUCAUCAAAGCAGGUCAACACCAAGUAAAUAGUAGAAAGCGAGCGGCCAACAGCGAAUCGGUAGCAACAGUAGAAACGACAGAAUCAGUGGGCUUUGAUCGAGAAGUUGAAAGCAAAGUUCAUUUAGCCUUGAAUCCGAAAAACAAAAAAGGGCGGUGUAGUAAAAAGGCGAAAACGGAUUCGAAAAUGGACGCAAAAAUGGCUGAUAUUGCUGAAAUAAUUGAUGCUGUUGCUGCGGCACCUGUUAACCAUGAUCAUGAGGACAUGAAAACGCAGAUGAAUUCGUCUACUAUACCUACUCCUGUAAUACAAGGAGAAAAUGAUGUAAUUGGAGAUCAAGUAGCUAAGAAAAAACAACGCCGCCGUAAGACUUUCAACAGAACAGGUUUUCCCAGUGUGAAGAAGAAGCGCAAGAAACCGCCCAGUCCUAUUCCUCCUCCUGUUUCUCAACCCCUAUUCAACAAAGAUGAAAUUGAUCAAUCGGCCUGCCAUACAACUUCCCGACAGGCAAAAAGAGCAAAACUAAUGCCUAGUAAAGAUGAUGACGAUGAUGGACUUCUUCCGGAGCCGACUAGUAGUGAGGCGCCUUCGGGCGAUGAAUCCAAUCCAAUUCUUCCUCUUCCUACAAACAAAAGUUCACAACCCAAGAAGCGUCGAAUGUCUACUGUGAGGAAGCGUUAUUUACCAGCCGGUCUGCUUUCAAAUUACUUUAAAGAAAGUCCCGAAUCCAGUAGCUCAGCAAGUUCCGUGUCUACUGAUCGAACCAAACUCUUGACAUACGAACCAGAAGAACAUGAACAUGGUCUAUUACCUCCACCAUUCUACUGCGAGCGCAUUCUGCGUAGAACUAAACGUGACUUUCAAUUGCCGUUCGACGUAUGGUGGCUUCACCAACAGGGAAAGCUUCCCGAUCGUGAUAAUUUGGUUCCUUCUUGGAACUACCGAAAGAUCCGGAGCAACGUCUACUAUGACGUCAAACCUCCGUUUACCAAUGACGCUGAAGCUUGCAAUUGUACAUUACCACAGCCCGAGGCCGAAGAUGCUGAGGCUCAGUGCUGUGGCGAUGACUGCCUUAACAGAAUGGUAUAUACAGAAUGCAGUAGUCAGAUGUGUCCGGUGGGCGACAAGUGUAUGAACCAACGAAUCCAACGUCAUCGCUGGGCACAGGGUUUGGAGCGUUUCAUGACCAAAGAGAAAGGAUGGGGAGUACGGUGUCGCAACGAACUUAAAACGGGUGUGUUCAUUCUUGAAUACGUCGGUGAAGUCGUUUCGGACAAGGAAUUCAAAGAGAGAAUGCACACAGUCUACGUUCACGACACGCACCACUAUUGUCUUCAUCUCGACGGUGGGCUUGUUAUUGACGGACACAGAAUGGGAGGCGAUGGUCGCUUUGUCAACCAUUCCUGCGCUCCCAACUGUGAAAUGCAAAAGUGGAGUGUCAAUGGAUUACCUCGCAUGGCCCUAUUUGCUCUCAGAGAUAUCUCACCCUUGGAGGAAUUAAGUUACGAUUACAACUUUUCCCUUUUUAAUCCAGCUGAAGGUCAACCGUGUAAAUGCGGUAGCCCACAAUGUAGAGGCGUAAUUGGUGGGAAAUCACAACGAGUCAGUGUGGUCCAAGAUAUUGAUGGAUCAAAGUUACCACAAAAAUUAAGUCAACAAAAGCGGAAACGUAAGACGCAACUUCAAGGCAAAACAAGUCUAUCAAUCUGUUCGUCAUCGAUUAAUUUGCGUCCGCUGUCGACACAGCAACGAUCCUUUGUUCUUCUGCACCGCUGCUUUCUGCUUCGAAACUUGGAUAAAGUGCGAGAUUGGAGGGAUCGCCAGAAAGAUCGGAUGAAACAAGCAAAACAGCAAAACCAAAUCGUGGGUCGUUCUCGACGCUUCGUUUCUAGACCAAACAUUGAUCAAGAGAGAGACUUGAUUCUCACGACACUGGAAAGAGACUUGGCGCUUCAGGAAAACACGGCAACAGACAUGGAAAAGUCAUCCGAGCCUACCUUGGAUCUGCAAAUGUUGAAGAUGGAAGAAAAUCAAUCUAAUACAGAGGAGAUCGUCCGCUGCCGUUGUAGACUUUACGACGACGAAGGUUUGAUGGUCCAGUGUGAGCAGUGUGAAACAUGGCAGCAUAGCGAUUGUCUCGGCUCUGGAAAAGCUGCCGCUGUGGAUGCUGAGCACUAUGUGUGUCACGCCUGUGCUGGAUUAUCUCUCUGCCCCGACGAUCUAAAGAUUGUUCUGGUACCGCAACCGGAAAACCCGCCUGAAGGACAGACUUACUACCUUUCGCUUUACUACAAAGAUUUGCAUUUGCGACAAGGAGAUUGUGUGUAUGUAUUACGUGAUCACGACACACCGGAUUCUGAACGCACGCUUUGGAAUGGUAUAAAAGAAGCAUACCCGUUACCCCGACCUCCGCAUCAUUUACCCUCGCACAUCAAACUUCCUAAUCUGGACAUUUUUCAAAUUGAAAGAAUGUGGACAGAUGAAAACGGGAAGCAGUUUGUUUGGGGUCACCAUUUUUAUAGGCCACAGGACACGUACCAUGAGCCUUCUCGGAAAUUUUUUGUAAACGAAUUGUGUCAUUCGCCAUUGGAAGAAGCUAUUCCCAUUUGGGCUGUAGUUGGUCGCUGCUGGGUCUUAGAUCUUACAACUUUCUGUAAAGGUAGACCUAUCGAUGCUGUAGAGGAGCAUGUUUAUAUUUGUGAAUACCGCGUUGACCGGACAGCAAGCCUAUUUUCAAAGAAUGCCAGAACUAAAUUCCCCAUCUGCACGCGUCGCUUCGCCUUUAAGAGUUUCGUUACACGACUCAAACCACAGCGAACGUAUCAACCUCAUGGAGCUCCCCCGAUUAACAGCCGCAAAGCAACGGAAUCACCUGCUGUUAAAUCUGCCCCGAAAAGUGAAAAAUCGGGGAAGGAAAAGGUGAGGAAGUUGAAGCAAGAAUCUUCUACCAUGCAACAGCCACCACCAUUGCCUGCUCAAGCACUGAUAAAGAUUGAAGAUCAAAAAUUGCGGCUUGACAAGCUUCUCCGCCAUCUUUUAAUAAAAAAGACUCCUGAAGGAUGUCCCACCGAAGACGCUACCCACUUGCUACAUCGGGGACGUGGGCGUAUGAGAGGACGCCCUCCCAAACGGAAAUCGUCCAGUUUAACAACAUAGUGGAUCAGGAAAGAGGAAAGUAAUUUCCAUACAGAGACACACUCGGAGUUCUCUCUAUCUUUGCGAUGUGUAUUCUCCCGAGUCUAAACAAAAAAUGUGAAUCAUCGAGUGAGUUUCCUUCUUACUUGCUGCAAACAUGUACAGUGUUAAAGCUUUAAAUUGUGCUACACUUGUCCUUUUUCGUUAAUCGCACGAUGCUUUCAAUCGCUUCACAGCCCCCAUCACAUCUUUCACCAUCAAUGCUUGAAGCUCUACAAUAUCCCUCCUGCACAUCAAACGAAAAUGUAAAUACAUUAUACAACUCUGAAAUGAUACUUUAUCUGCUUUAGUCGGAUAAUCGCUGUCUGCUGAUUAAGUCAUCAGCAAUCUCAUUUGAAAGAAAUUGUUUUAGCGAUGGAAAAUUCGGUUACGUGCUUUUUUUCCCUGUCCCUUUCUGUUUUGGUUUUAUGAAUACAAAUUUUGGAAAAUGUGAA